GGAGGUGGGAGUGUAAACAACCAAUGAGGGAGGAGGCAGAGUAUGAAGAGUUAAAAGUAUCAGAAAAGAAUGCUCUGCUUAGGGUCAGUUUUAUUUGCCUUUCUGGUGGCUCUAGUGGGCUUGUCAGCAGGUCACUCGCCCACAUAACCAUCUUGCCAGUAUUUUUGACUGUUACUAUUUUUGUUUUUGUUUAUUUGAGACAAGACUUCAUAUAUCCAGGCCGCCUCUGAACUUGCCAUGAGCUUAGAUUUCAAAUGAAGAACUUCGGAUCCUCCUGCCUCUGCUGAGAUUGCAGAGGCAUGCCCACAAGAGGAAGAAUGGCAAGGAGUGUGAUUGACAAGGUGUCAGGAAGGUUCCUGUGAGUUUAGAGGCGCCAACAGAACAACUAAAGCUGCCCACAAUGGAACUGCACUUACUUUGGCACUCCACCAGUGGUUCACCAGAUGUUGAGACAGGCCACAAAUUGGCUGCGAAUAGAAGAUGUUACCGCAGGACAUGCCUAAUUAUGAUGGAGUACUUAUUGUUAACACAGAAACCCUUGAGAAGACGGUGCCACAUCAGGAUGCAGAGAUUCUGAUACAACCAGCACUCAUUGCAGGGAUUGGCAAUUCCAUGGAAAGGAGGAGGAAAGAGCUAAGACUGCCAACUCAAGGUCAAGGGUUUGUUUCCAUCACCACCCUCACUGUGCUGGCCUAUGAACGUUAUAUCCGUGUGGUACACGCCAGAGUGAUCAAUUUUUCCUGGGCCUGGAGGGCCAUUACCUAUAUCUGGCUCUACUCCUUGGCAUGGGCAGGAGCACCUCUCCUUGGCUGGAACAGGUACAUCCUAGAUGUACAUGGACUGGGCUGCACUGUGGACUGGAAAUCCAAGGAGGCCAACGACUCGUCCUUUGUGCUCUUCUUGUUUCUUGGCUGCCUGGUGGUGCCUGUGGGCACCAUAGCCCAUUGCUAUGGUCACAUUCUGUAUUCUGUUCGAAUGCUUCGCUGUGUUGAAGAUCUUCAGACAAUUCAAGUGAUCAAGGUUUUAAGAUAUGAGAAGAAAGUCGCCAAGAUGUGCUUCUUGCUGGUCUUUGUCUUUCUCACCUGCUGGAUGCCUUACAUUGUGACCCGCUUCUUGGUGGUUAAUGGCUAUGGACACCUGGUCACUCCAACAGUGUCCAUUGUUUCUUAUCUCUUUGCUAAAUCCAGCACUGUGUACAAUCCAGUUAUCUAUAUCUUCAUGAUCAGAAAGUUUCGGAGGUCCCUUCUGCAGCUCCUCUGCUUCCGGCUGCUGAGAUGCCACCGGCCUGCUAAAAACCUGCCAGCAGCUGAGAGUGAAAUGCAGAUCAGGCCCAUCGUGAUGUCACAGAAAGACGGGGACAGGCCAAAGAAGAAAGUGACCUUUAACUCCUCUUCCAUCAUUUUUAUCAUCGCCAGUGAUGAGUCCUUGUCAGCAGAUGACACUGACAGAAGCAGCGCGUCCAAGGCCAACGUAAUCCAGGUUCGCCCUCUGUAAGAACGGAAGAUGGAGACUCACAUGAGCCGCCACACGUCUACUGUAAAGACUGUCCCGGAGUCCCCAUUUUGGGUAACAGCAGUGGAAUCUCCAUGGCCCUGCAGGAAAUCUGAAUUGCCCAUAUGUUGUCUGUCCUCAAGAAGCGACCGAGCAAGACAAAUUGGUGCUUUAUAACAUGAGAGACUCCUGGUGGCACAAGGCUAGCAUCCGGCACCGCCAUCUACCAUGCCAGGAUUCAACAUUUGAACGACCGUACUUGCCAAAGCACAGAAGACAUUUUGUUUCUCAAAUAUGUCCCACUGUAAAAAUAACCAUCUCUUACACACGUGUGCAGUGUGGCCAGGACACGUGGAGUCCAUUGGCGUGUUGGGUCCCCUUCUGUGUCACGUUGUAUGUUUGACUAAUUCGGCUUGUAAAGGAGGUAAUAAAUCAAUCCCUAGUUUCAUCUGAAA